CCCAUCUGUUGUCCUGGCGGUCUUAGUACUUCUUACACAUCUUUUGUUUCAACUGUCAGAAGACCGCUUUGCACCCAAAGAACUGCUCCUAUCCACAUAUCACUGCACAACCGCUUGACAGCACCUUUAAUCAAAAUCAUCUGGUAUGGUUGCGCCCACUCAGAAGAAGAAGGCAAAGACCAAUGGCGCCGUGCGCAAGCCUAUCCCUGGUGCGCACAUAAGUGAUGUUCUUAUGGGUCGCUUCAGUGUCAGCAUUGACAAUCCAUUGAUUACUACGAGUAAUCUACGAAAGCUCUACGGAGAAUUAUACAUGGUCAAAAUCGUUGGACUGCAAAAGACGUUUGCUGCAUCGCAGCGCAUGGCCAAUGCAGUCUUGUCUCGACCAGACUGUGUCAAGGCGACGCAUGAGUUUCUUCAAGUGCUGAGAGAUGGCCAGCCACAAUCCGGUCUCUUCACGGCAUACAACGAUGAAGAAGACUGGGGUAUCGCGCACCGUGUACUCAUGCCGGUAUUUGGUCCUAUGGCAGUCCGUGGUAUGUGGGAUCCUAUGGUGGAAAUCGCCGCAGUCAUGGUCUCGCGCUUCAAUGCUCAUCAAAAUGAGAUUAUUGACUUGCCCGAUCAAUUGACUCGACUCACAUUGGAUACGAUUGCGCUUUGCUCGUUCGACUAUCGCUUUAAUUCGUUCUUCAAGGAGGACAUGCAUCCCUUCAUAGGUGACAUGCUCACCUUCCUCAAGCUCUCUGCCGAACGAUCUCUCUUGCCUCUAACAGCAAAAUUCAAAGUGGCCAAGAACUGGCAGCGUCUCGCAGCUGCAGAGCGUAUGCAGCAAUUUGGUCUGAGACUCCUCAACGAACGAAGGGCCAGUGGCGAAAGGUAUGAUGACCUGGCCUCCCGCAUGCUGGACGUGGCCGAUCCCGAAACUGGCAAGAAGUUGAGCGACGAUUCAAUUGUUGCUCAAUUGGUGACCUUUCUCGUUGCUGGACACGAGACAACAUCGGGUCUUUUGUCGUUCUGCUUGUACUACAUGAUGAAGAAUCCCGAAACCAUGCGCAAGGCACAAGCUGAGGUGGAUGCUUUGGGCCACAUCACACUCGAUUCUCUUGCCAAAAUGCCAUACAUCGAUGCUUGCUUGAAGGAGGCCCUCAGAAUGCAACCGACUGCUCCGAUGAUUGGUGUCUGUUGCAAGGAAGAUGUGGAGUUGCCUGAAGGCUACAUGCUACCAGCUGGUGACACCAUGAUGAUCGAUCUGCACGGCGUCCACAACGACCCUGCAGUCUACGACAACCCAAGCGAGUUCCGACCUGAACGUAUGCUCAAUGGUGGCUUCGAAGCAUUACCUCCCAAUUCUUGGAAGCCAUUCGGACAUGGUAUGCGCGCAUGUAUUGGUCGAGCCUUUGCCUUACAAGAGGCCAUGCUGGCCGUUGCGACAAUUGUGCAAAACUUUGACCUCGAGCUGGCAGAUCCAAACUACAAGUUUAGAGUCAAGUUUACACUGACCAUCAAACCGGAUGAGCUCAAGGUCAAGCUAAAGCGCAGACAAGCUGGACCUCCCAUCAUGCCGCUGUGCGUUGGACAAGAAGCGCCUAAGCGCCGUGAAACUGCCAAGGCGAAUGGUGGACCUACAACAGGGGCCAAGCCCAUGUUGGUCCUCUUUGGCUCCAACUCUGGUGCGUGCGAAGCUCUUUCCAAGGAUGUUGCUGCCAGUGCAGCAAACUGGGGAUAUUCUGCGCAACGAGACACGCUGGAUAGCUGUCGUGAGCUGCCCACUGAUCGGCCUGUUUUGAUUCUCACACCGUCCUACGAAGGCAAGCCAGCAGACAAUGCACGGCAAUUUGCAGCAUACCUCGAAUCUGGCCCUGAUCUCAAGGGCGUCAAAUAUGCCAUCUUUGGUGCAGGACACUCUGAUUGGGCACAAACAUAUCAAAAGAUUCCUCGUACCUUUGACGAGCAAAUGAGCAAUGGAGGUGCAGAAUCACUCAUUCCUCGCGCAGAAGGUAAUGUCGCUGGCGACUUUGUUGGUGAUUUUGACUCGUGGAAGGCAGACUUGGCCGAGGAACUCUCUGAUGGUGACGUUACAGCGAGCGAAUCAGCCGACUCGAAGCGUUUCAUGUAUGAGCCCAUCUCGUCCAAGACUGCCAACUCAAUCGUUGGUGCUGGACUUGGCCUUGGUAAGGUCAUCUCGAAUGUUGAGCUUGUCAAGGCAUCAGAGCUGGGCCCAUCGAAGCGACACAUCACACUUGAGCUACCAGACCAACAAGAGUACAAUGUCGGUGACUAUCUUAACAUUCUACCCAUCAACCCAGAUGCGAGCGUGUUGCGCGUUCUGAAGCACUUUGGGAUGGAUGAAAGUUCCAAGGUCAAGGUGGAUGUUGGCGAGGGUGCUACGUCCAAAGUUCUUGCCGUACGUGCAUACGACAUUCUGCAGACCUCAGUGGAGCUUGCAACGCCAGUGUCGAAGCGCAUGCUGUCUCGUCUGGAGGAGAGCUGCGAGGACAAGCAAGACAAGGCGUUCAUCAAGUCGCUCAGUGGCGAUGCCUACCAGAGCAAGGUCAUCAACAAACGUAUGUCUGCCAUUGACUUGCUCGAACACUGCAAGUCAUGUCAAGUGUCCUUUGACGACUAUAUCAAGUCCUUGCAGUCUAUGCAUCAACGACAGUACUCCAUUUCCAGCUCGCCCAUCCCAGAACCGCGGCAUGCGACACUGACGAUUGAUGUACUAUCUGGAUCUGCAUUGAGCGGGACGGGUAACUUCCUUGGCAUCACAAGCAACUUCCUCUCUACACUCAAAGCCGGCGAUGAAAUUUCGUGCAGUGUGAGAAGUUCUUCGAAUUUUAGUUUGCCGGAACGAGUGGAGACGCCUAUUGUCUUGUUUGCCGCUGGUACAGGUAUCGCACCCUUCAGAGGCUUCCUUCAAGAACGGACACUCCAAGUGUUGGCUGGCCGAAAGGUUGGCAAGACAAUCUUGUUUUAUGGUUGCCGCACAGAAGAAGACUUUUUGCACAAGGAGGAGCUUCAAGGUUUCGCCAAGGAGAGUGGUGGUGUGAUUGAUGUGCGUCACUGCUACUCUCGCAAACCGACCGAGACGGGAGGUUGCAAGUAUGUUCAAGAUUUACUGUUGAAGCAGCGCAGUGAGGUUUUGUCGCUAUUCAAGCAGGGAGCGCGACUCUACACAUGCGGCAGUGCGAGUAAGCUUGCGCAUUCGUUGAAGAAGGCUUUCGGCCAGAUUGUCGACGAGGCAAAGGAGGGCGAAGAGCGCGAGGCUGCUCAAGAACUGGUUGAUGCCAUGGGCACAAACAGAUACGCGGUAGACAUCUUUGGUUAAAGUUAUUGCUUAUUUCUUGUAUGUAUGCACGUAGAUGGCGUUUGAAU